UUUUUUUUCUUUCUUUCUUUUUCUUUAUGGUCUCUUUAGAAAUAGUUCAGUUAUGGUUAACUGAUCUCUCUAGUUUAGUUCAAUUCAUAGGUGCUCUUUUGGGUCUUUGUGCCAUUAUACUUCCCAUCUUACAGAAUCUACCCUUUUAUUAUACUAUCACUUAUUGGCUAGAUCUCACUUUUACAUUUCUUGUCCAUAUCUUUUCUCGUAUUACUUUCUUCUCCUUUCCUACUUCAAUAGAAGAGUUACAUCAAGAUCCUCUUACUGUUUGUUUGGCUUCAUCAGAAACAUCUUCUUGUUUGGUAUCUGGUUUAUCUAAUACUGGUAACUCUUGCUUUCUUAACUCUGUUCUUCAGGCAGUGUCCUCUUUACCCAGUUUACAUGUAUACCUCUAUCAAGUCAAGAGUCCUACUUCACCAGUGACAAAUACAUUCUUCAAAACCAUACGACGUAUCUCCAAACCUCAACGUUCUCGGUCCAGUAUCCGUCCUAGCGAACUUGCGAGAGCUCUUGCCAUCAAAAGAGCUCAAUCCAACUCAUCCUUUGGUGGUCGCCGGCAAUCCUCUUUUCUUAUGAAUCGUGAACAACAGGAUGCUCAAGAAUUUUUUCAAGUAUUGAUGGCGGCCGUUGAGUCAGAAUCCCAGUACUAUCAACCUAAUACGACAAAACGAGCAGUGAUGAUAACCGUUGGUCUACGUGAACUUCUUGUACCAUCCUCGCCUUCGAUUAGAACAGCAAAAUAUGUCAACAAUAGCAAUAGCAAUUCCUUUUUGGGCAGACCAUUGACGGGUUUGUUGGCCAGUCGAUUAUCAUGCGUACAAUGUGGAUACACGGGUGUCAUUCGACAUUUCUCAUUCAACAAUAUACAAUUAUGUUUGCCAAGUGUUUAUUCAGUGACGAUCGAACAAUGUCUCAAACAAUAUACAUCCAUAGAAUACUUGCGUGAUGCAUCAUGUCGACAAUGUACUUUAUUAACAAAGGCGGUAUUGAUAAGGGAUAAGACAAGAUCAUUACAACGGCAAGCCGAUAACGUGAACAAGGAGAAACGGAAACAACUUUUAUCACAGCUAGUGUCAUUGGAAAAGGAACGGAUGCAAUUGGAACAUCGAUUACGGACAAGGCAAAUGGAUUCAUCCGAUGAUGAGGAUAGCAAUGAUAUCUACGACAGUACUACUGAUAGAAAAAGGAACAAGAUCAAGCAUCGUCAUACAAUCAGUCCAAGAUCUACCAAACAAGUUAUGAUUGCUAAACCACCCUCUGUACUAUGCCUCCAUGUGACUCGAUCAGCUGUCCAUCAUUCUUCUGGUAUGAUUUUCAAAAACUCAUGUCAACUUGUCUUCAAUGAAUUUUUGGACUUGACGCCUUUUGUGACCUCGGGUACUCUUCAUACUCAACCUACAGUACCUCUUUCAUCCAUAUCUAGUGGGCUGAACAACAAACGAAGCUCUUCUGAUGUUUCAUCUCAUUUGUAUCGAUUAAUGAGCGUCGUGGUACAUUAUGGAAGUCAUAGUUAUGGUCACUAUGUUGCUUACAAACGCCGCAUUUUACCUUCACAAUGUCGAUGCUACUCGUGCUCUUCUACUGGAUUCAAGCCUAACCAACAUGAAUCAUCAUCAGGGAAUACCGAAAGGAAUGGAUUAGUGGAUAUGAAGGAUGAUUCGACUGACGAUAUUACUUCAGGAAACGUUGAUGAUGGAACACAAACGGAAUCUUGGAAUCAGUGCGAAACAUGGUAUCGGAUAUCGGAUAGCAAAGUGGACCCUUGUACUCUAGACGACGUUUUAUCUUCUAAUCCUUAUAUGCUUUUCUAUGAACGAGUAGAUGCCACAUCUCAACAAAGCCAAAUUAUAUCAAUGAACGAGCAUCAACAACUUGGGAAAAUGAAUGAUCAAUAUUCAUCCUCUUCUUCCUCCAGUAUGGAUUAUAGCGACGAUGUCAGUGAUAGUGACUAUGUGUCCAGUGAUGAUGAUGAUGAUGAUGAUUCAAAUAAUCGGGUUAUUUCACCGGCAACGCCACUGGAUGAUCAAGAAGAAUUCAGUCCUUAUUAUUCUGGACUCACUGGUACCUCCAUGGAAGCAUUAGAAAUGGCCAAUUCCCUAUUGAUGAUGGAUCAACAAGAAGCAAGCUCGUCCUCUGAAUCAUGACAAAUCCAGUAUUGAUACCCCCCUACUGUUUCCCUAUCAACUCAUUCUCUUUUUCUUUUAUAUACAUUUACUUAUAUCAAGUUACCUUUAUAUAUACAUUCUUAUUCUCUAUUCCCAUUUGUCCCAUCCCAUUUAUAGUGGUGAUCGAUUUUUUUUUUUAUAUGUUUGCCAGUAGAUUAGGUAUUUUUAUGGAAACUUCUAAAUAAAAAGAAGGAUGAUGUGAAGAUCUG